GCAUCACUGUCUGUUUUUUGUCUCGCCGUCAUGAACUCUGGAGCAUUUUCUGCACCGAAGCGGGCUACGUCAGGAGCAAAGGUGAGUGACAGCUGGGGAAAAUGGAAGAAAGCUUGCUUAACUUGGUUUUGAAUGAGCUUGUUGUGUCCUCACAAAAGGACACAUAAGUUUCAAAAUGAGAAAUAAAUAGUAUACUGAAUAUUGUUCUUUGCUACAUGAAAUAAAAAUACAAAUACUUGUAGACCGUACAGACAUUGACAGGGUGCACAAAAACACAUUUGUAGCCUUCAUAGUAGAUGCAUAUCAGUAUGCGGAGUCACACUAUGGAACGGCUUGAGCAAGGUACUCAACCAGUGUACUGAUAUGAGUCUGUUUAAAAAACAGUACAAAUAAAAGUAUACAGUAUGUUUAAAUGUUACACAGAAGAACGCUAAGAACCACAGUGUUUAUCCUGAAUUAUCAUCAUUGAAUACCACAGUGUCUGAUAUCAUUUACCCUGUAUUAAUUCAUCUACUAUGACUAUUUAAUGAAUAUCACAGUAUCUAAUAUAAUUUACCCUGAACUAAUCCAUCCAUUAUUAUUGUGUUUUGUUCUGGGUAUUUUCUGGUUUGCACCGUGAGUAAGACUUGUUGUGUUUGAUGACCAUCUGUCCGUUUGCACUGUGUUGUCAAGCGAGUUGUUGGCUUUCACCUGCAAAUUUGAAGAGCACCUUCCGUAAGCAAGCUGAAGUGCCUCUAACGAUGCCUUUAUGAUGCCAUCUAGUGCACGGAGUUGUAAUGACAAGCCCUUCGGCCAGUCCUAUUAUAUUGUGAUUGUGAGCAGAUAGCGUUAACAUUAAACAUGAAAUAAAACGCUAGCAGCAAGUGUUUCUGUGGUGUCAUUUAAUUUGUUGACAUAACCAAAAUCAAAGGGAUUGAUGUGUUGGUCGACAUAGACCGACUUAAGCGUGUUCCGCUGCAGUCAUUCCUAUUUAUGCAAAAAGGGCCUGCAUGCAUGACACGAUUCUAAAAUCAAUUUCUGUGCUUGUAGGUGCCACAAUGCUGACUUUGCACUCAUCCGUACUUAAACUACUCAUCUGAGAGGUUCCUCGUCCCUCCAAGGAAGCAUGUUCUUUAUCCUUCUUGUACUCCUUCUUACAUUUUGUUCACCUCCUCACCUUUUCCCCACCGUGGCAUGCUUGCGGUUAUGCCCUCAUCAGUGCCUUUGCUACGAACACACCGACCUGGUGGACUGUCACGGCCGUGGGCUCGACCAUGUUCCCAGGGGACUCCCACACGGCACCUGGCUGCUUGAGCUAGGAGGAAACAACCUGAGCGAGAUAUGCACCAGGGCCUUCACGGGGCUGUGGUCCUUACGGGUGCUACAGUUGGCCAACAGUCAGAUCCAGGACAUUCAGCCAAAGGCGUUCUUCUCACUGUCCUACCUGGAGAAGUUGGAUCUCAGCUGGAACCAGAUAACAAGUCUCCCUGCCGACUUCUCUUCAAGUCUGUCUGCUGUCAGGGAGCUGCGACUGCAGCACAACAACUUAUAUCAUCUGUCUGCUUUCAGCUUUGAGUAUCUGGACAACAUAGAGAAACUGGACCUCAGUCAUAACCAUUUAGUGUCAGUUGGCUCCGGUGUGUUCAGGGGCCUCUCUAGACUCAGACAGCUCUACAUGCACAACAACAGACUGGCUGUAGUGCACCAAGGAAGCCUGGAUAUGCUGCCUGCACUAGAGGUGCUCCAGCUGAGUCACAACAACAUUUCUCAGAUAGACACAAAUGCUCUGGCUUCUCUCUACAGCCUGGCCGUUCUCGCUCUGGAGGGAAACAACCUGCAGCACUUGAAAUUUAAAACCUUCAUCAGUCUGCACACAACAGCUACUCACAUCCAGCUCGCAGGUAACCCUUGGAGCUGCGACUGUGACCUGCACCGCGUCUUCAGCAAGAUCCUGCACGUUCGCCAUCUCCACAUCGAUGACUACCGGAACGUGACCUGCCACGACCCGCCGCAGCUCGCCGGGUCUUCGCUGGCCUGGGUCGACAGCCAGCUGUGCAUCGCAGAGACCGCCACCGUACUCGUGAUCACGGUCACCGUGCUGGUAACGGUGGUGGCAGCCGUGGUCAUGGCAGAAAGGAACAGGAAGAGGAACCGUGGCAAGAACUGGGACACUGAAUCCCAAAACCAAAGCCAAAGUCCUCCAUCAUGAGAAGACGGAGACACGCUGUUGGAGAGGGAAUAGUCAAGAUGUUUAGUGUGUAUAGUCAGUCCUAAACUACUUUCAAGUACCAUGAACCAUCAUUUCAUUCAAUAUACUCAGUAUUUGAUAUAUCCAUGUGAUAUAAUAAAUGCCACAUGUAUUCUUUUAUUUAUGGACAAUAUCACAUUUUAUGGAAAAUAAAUGUCUUCAUAUGGUCAAACUGAUGCUUUUCUAAAAUUCUGAUGAAGUUACUGUAUGUGUAUGAUUCGAUGAA